GUGCGAGGCUGUAAGAAGACGCGUCUGUAAACAUCACCGUUUCUGGAGUGCUUAUUCUGCUCGGUUAAUUGUUAUCUGUUUUGAAAGCAAUCCAGCUGGCAUCAUAUUUUCUUCCGUGCGGUGUAAUGAUUGGACAAGAAACAAACCUGACUGCCCUCCAAUGGCUGACUAAUCUAAUCUCUCACUGAUACAAGAUAUAACAAGAGCUCCAAUUCAGAGACGGACUGUGAGUGUGGUCGCUUUUUUGUUUUUUCUCGGGCGAAGGAAAAGUCAAUGAAAACCUGCCGCAGUUGAAUCGCAUGGGGAACAAAAACCUCUUCAACAAAUUAGCUUAAACGCCUGGGGACUGAUUUGCACACAGCGAGGGCUCAUUUCUCACCAAGUGGACACCACAGGACGGCGUCCUCGGACCUAACAGGCGUUAUUGUCUUCAGUUCGAUGAGUUCAUCAAGAACUCAUGUCAUCUGAUUUCAAAACAAACUGAAGACUCUGUUUUGGGAUUCACUUAAUUUUUAGAUCCAGCAAGAAAGCACAAGUCAUGGAGGAGGGGAGAGAACUCGUCAACAGAGUCCACAGGGAGAUCGUGGAUGAACAAGCGGUGGAGAAACCGCCUGGGACUUUGAUACCAAAAAUGUCUCUGUGCGACAAGGUCAAACAUUCAGUCAGGUCAAAUCUUCGUCUCAGGUGUUCUGGUCCCAGAGUCAAAAGGUCGCUGCUGGGGAGCAUCCCUGUUCUGUCGUGGUUGCCUCGUUACGCCAUCAAAGAAAACGCACUGGGCGACCUCAUCUCUGGGCUCAGUGUGGGCAUCAUGCAGCUGCCCCAAGGUAUGGCCUACGCCUUGUUAGCGGGCGUUGCACCGGUUUUUGGCCUUUACUCCUCUUUCUACCCCGUCCUCAUCUACUUCAUCUUUGGCACGUCCAAGCACAUCUCAAUAGGAACAUUUGCAGUGAUUAGUGUGAUGCUCGGCGGGGUUACGGAGCGAUUAGCCCCAGACUCCAACUUUAUGAUAUGGGACAAUAUGACCAACGUGAGUGUAUUGGACGUCCUUGCUCGUGAUGCUGAACGGAUGCGAGUGGCCACCGCCGUUACUUUCUUAGCAGGAUUAUUUCAGAUCCUGCUCGGCCUGGUCCAUUUUGGAUUUGUGGUGACUUACCUCUCAGAACCGCUGGUCAGAGGUUACACCACAGGCGCCGCAAUCCACGUUAUUGUGUCUCAGCUCAAAUACACCUUUGGAUUCAGCCCCUUGAGAUACAGCGGACCGCUCUCCUUGAUAUAUACAGUGCUGGAGAUAUGUUAUCUAAUUCCACAGACCAACAUCGGGACUCUGGUGGUCAGCAUUGUCGCCAUUAUUAGCCUCAUCCUUGCCAAGGAGCUCAAUUCAUACUUGAGUAAAAAAAUACCUGUCCCAAUACCUGUGGAGUUGCUCGGCAUCACCAUUGCUACAUUGGUAUCCUGGCAAGUGAACUUACAGGGAAAAUAUGGAGUAGAUGUGGUUGGAGAAAUUCCAUCAGGCCUCCAGCCGCCUGUUUUCCCGCCCACCUCGCUCUUCGGUCAGGUGAUUGGGGACGCCUUCGCCCUGUCUGUAGUUGGCUAUGGCAUCGCUAUUUCACUGGGAAGGAUCUUUGCACUGAAAUAUGGAUAUAAAGUGGACAGUAACCAGGAACUGAUAGCCUUGGGGCUCAGUAACUCCAUUGGGGCAGUGUUCCAGUGUAUCGCUGUCAGCUGUUCUAUGUCUCGCUCGAUGGUGCAGGAGAGCACAGGAGGGAAGACUCAGGUUGCUGGGGCACUAUCAGCCGUUGUUAUUCUUUUCAUCACCCUGUGGAUCGGAGCUCUGUUUGAAGACCUACCCAAGGCAAUGCUGGCUGCCAUCAUCUAUGUAAACCUACAUGGUAUGAUGAAGCAAUUCAUGGACAUACCUGCACUGUGGAGGAGUAACAAAACAGACAUGGUGAUCUGGGUCGCCACUUUCCUACUCACCCUGCUGUUGAACCCUGACCUCGGACUGGCUGCCUCCAUUGGCUUCUCAAUGCUUACUGUCAUCUUCCGGACACAGCUACCUAAAUACUCCAAAUUGGGGCAGGUUCCAAACACGGAAAUAUACAAGCCUUUGGAGGAUUACCCUCAGGUGAGAGAAGUGCCUGGUAUUUUGAUCUUCCGAUCUUCUGCCACUCUCUACUUUGCCAAUGCUGAGAUGUAUCAAGAUGCACUGGACAAGAAGUCCGGCAUUGACAUUACCAAAAUCCUGUCAGCGAAGAAGAAACUUGAAGCCAAAAAGAAGAAGUACGAGAACCAAAAAGCCAAAAACGCUGCAAAAAACAACACGGCGGACAUGGAGCGAGAGCUGGAGGAGCACGAGAAGGAUGUCGCCGCCAUUCAGGUGGAUGCUGAGUCUGACCCUUCACUACCCAGAGCCAUCAUCCUCGACCUGAGCCCUGUCAACUUUUUAGACACAGUGGGAGUCAAGACCUUGCGUGGUAUUGUAAAAGAUUACGGUCAAGUUGGUGUGGAGGUGGCGCUUGCAUCUUGUCAAUCCGGCGUAGUAGAUAAUCUGCGCACAGGCAAUUUUUCCAACGACAAAGCGACGUCACGCCUCUUCGCCACUGUCCAUGACGCUGUGCUUCACUUUCAGUCUGAGAGAACGCACGUCUCUGAGGUGAUCACAGCAACACAUUUCUGAGUGCUGUGGAUAAUUUUAUAUGAUAUCAUGAAGAUGUGAGGAGGACAGCCAGAGGAUUACACUCACUGGACUCUUGUCGAAUAAGUGGGAUUCUUAUGCGCAGCCCGACCCGUUUAAAGAAUGGCAACACAAAAGAAAGCAACAGAAUUAAAAGAACAAUGAAUUAAAAACAAAUUCAGACUUAUGUGUGUACCGUCAUGCCGAGUUGGAACGCAUUAUAAAUUGGAAAGGCUUUUUGUAUACUCCUGUAAAAUGACCCGUGAUGGAUCCUCAGACAGAAUAGCUCUUAGUCCAUCUGGUAUAUGCGUUCAAACACACCUUUAAGAUUCCUGACAGACAACAGCAGCUUCUCAUCCCACAGCAUUGUCAACUGCCAUUCAAAAAAUUGUUUUAAAAUAUAGAAUACUCAUCUGCAAAAUGUUGAUGGAUGGCAAACAAAAUGUGCAAAUUAUAUCCGGGCAGGAAUGAGCUUCAGACCUACACGAGUGGGGAAAAUAAGUAUAACGAGAGAAAAUGAAUUCCAUCUCAUACUCGACAAAAAAUACACGGACAUACUGAAACCUUCUGGACUGCUUUCAGAG